CAUCCUCGGGCGCCUGCUCGGCUCCUCCCGGCCCAGCCAGCUUGUUGGCUGCCAACCUGCCAGGGCGGUCUGCAGAGCAGCGGCGUGCGGAGCAGCGGCUGACCACCUCCAGUUCAGCUCUGAAACUCAUUUGAUGACAAAUUCUGACUCCAGCUGACUGGGGCGCCCGUCAUGUCUUGGCACACCUACCAGGGGCUAAGCGAUGGACCUUGUACUCAGUGUUGCAGAUUAUUAUUUUUUUACACCGUACAUAUAUCCAGCUACAUGGCCAGAAGAUGACAUCCUCCGACAAGCUAUUAGUCUUCUGAUUAUAGCAAAUGUUGGUGCUUACAUCCUUUAUUUCUUCUGUGCAACAUUGAGCUAUUAUUUUGUCUUUGAUCAUGCAUUAAUGAAACAUCCACAAUUUUUAAAGAAUCAAGUCCGUCGAGAGAUUAAGUUUACUGUCCAGGCAUUGCCAUGGAUAAGUAUACCUACCGUUUUACUGUUCCUGCUGGAGAUAAGAGGUUACAGCAAAUUACAUGAUGACCUAGGAGAGUUUCCAUAUGGAUUGCUUGAACUCGUUGUUAGUAUAAUAUCUUUCCUGUUUUUCACUGACAUGUUCAUCUACUGGAUUCACAGAGGCCUUCAUCAUAGACUGGUAUAUAAGCGCCUCCAUAAACCUCAUCAUGUUUGGAAGAUUCCUACCCCAUUUGCAAGUCACGCUUUUCACCCUGUCGAUGGCUUUCUUCAGAGUCUACCUUACCAUGUAUACCCUUUUAUCUUUCCAUUACACAAGGUGGCUUAUUUAAGUCUGUACAUCUUGGUUAAUAUCUGGUCAAUUUCCAUUCAUGAUGGUGAUUUUCGUGUCCCCCAAAUCUUACAGCCGUUUAUUAAUGGCUCAGCUCAUCAUACAGACCACCAUAUGUUCUUUGACUAUAAUUAUGGACAGUAUUUUACUUUGUGGGAUAGGAUUGGAGGCUCAUUCAAAAAUCCUUCCUCCUUUGAGGGGAAGGGACCACUCAGUUAUGUGAAGAACAUGACAGAAGGAAAGUGCAGCAGCCAUGCAGGAAAUGGUUAUAAGAGUGAAAAAUUAUUCAAUGGAGAGUUUACGAAGAUUGAAUAGAUUAUUGCCCGAUUAUUCUUAAGUAAGGACAAAGAAGGGAAUAUAAUAUUUCUUUUUUUUUUUAAUAAGGAAAAAGUAAUCUACAUACAUCCAGGAUACAUAGUAAGUCAGUGGUAUCAUUUGGAAAUCAGCAUUGUGGGCACUGCUGAGGAAUGAUCAUAAGCGUAGGUCAGGAGAAGAUGCUGUGACCACCAGGAUUUUAAUCUCAUGCUUAAAAUGCCACAUGUUGUCCAGGGGACAACUUAUGUCUUUCUAGCAGCAGAUCUGUAGUUUGUACAGUCUCAACAACAAUUUUAAAUAAGAUAGAGAAUAAAUUAUUGGGGGGACUAGGCUAUAUCCAUUUGCCUUAAUCCACUCAUUUUUGUUAAGAAUCAUUGUGCUUAAUAAUGCCGAGACUAAGCACCAUUCAAGAAAUACUAAUAUAAAGACUGUUUCUUGUUUCAGGAGAGGUUAAUUCUUCAAUGUUGGUAUGAGAACGAUGACUUGUAGUACUUUAUUCAAGUCAAAACAUCAGUGUGGAAAAAAAAAUUCUGAUACAUUAGAGGCUAUGUAAAUGAGCUAAUUGAUGGCAGGUAUAAUAAGACUAUCGUCUUCCUAUACAUAGGAGGCUCAUUUUCUGGGCACACUGUCCCCUAUUACAUUUUACUGAUGAAUAAAUAAAUUGGAAUUUAAUAAUAUCGAUAACCACCAUGAUUGAAUCCAGAUCUGGGAUUAUGUAACUAAACAUUGUGAUGGUUAUUAUUUAAAACCAUUAUUUAAUAAGAGUAAAAAUAUGUGAAUCUGGAUGUAUUUAGAAAGAGAAAUUUGAUGCCCAAAUAAUAUAUUAGGCACUACUGAUUGUUUAAAUUGACGCACUGCACUUUUGAUAUUUCAAAGUUACAAACCUGUGAUUUUUUUUGUAAAAGGAAAUAAUUGCCAAAUACCUAGGCCCAUUGCUGAUGAUUAGUUUUAAAAUCGUAUUCCUCCUCUUCUCCCCUGACUUUUUCCUACUUCCUGUGAAAAAAAGAUUUAACAAAUACUUUCAUAAGGAAAUGUGUGUUGUAACAUAAAUAUAUUGCAAAAACAUAGUUUGUAAAGGCAUUCUAUAAGCUAUUUAUGUAAAAUCAAUAAAAGUUGAUCAUUGUAAUUAAACUGUA